GGAGAAGAUCAUGAAUGAUCUUAAAACGGCGCCGGAUGAGGUCAAAGUUUCAAUUUUUAGAGACGAAGUGUCCGGCGACGACGACGCGGACGAUGAUGAGGAAGAAUUCAAAGAGACUAAAAAUAGCAGAAACUUAAAGAGAAAGAGAGGGAAGAAUCGCCUGCGUUAGAGGUGGAGCAGAGGCCGUGGAAUCUUAGGACAAGGCGUGCCGCGUGCAAAGCUCCGAUUGACGGAGAAGUAACUAACAACAAUUAUAGUUCUCCGAUGAAGAAUGAUGUGUUUCAGUCACCAAGAGUAAGAGACAAUGGACCGUCGUCGGCCGCCUCCGAUAAGAAAAGGCCCCGACCGAAAUUUUCGGUGGCGCUAUCAAAGAAAGAGAUUGAGGAGGAUUUCAUGACCAUGGUUGGUCACCGCCCUCCAAGAAGGCCAAAGAAACGAACGCGUAAUGUUCAGAAGCAAUUGGAUUACUUGUUUCCUGGAUUGUGGCUGACGGAGGUAACAGUGGAUUCUUACAAGAUGCCGGAGUGGUUGAAAACGGCAAGUGGUAGUAAGGGGAGUUUCAACUUGCAACGAUGUCGAAAGAAAUGAUUCGAUUUGGGCUGAGGGAUGGAAAUUUGUGAUUACUGGAGUCUUGUGAAUUAGGAUUUUCACACAACAAAGUUGAAUUUGCCUUAUGUUUCUGGUUAGGUUCAGUUGCUUUAAAAUGCAAUUUUUUAUUUUAAUAUCAUCAUCUUCUUUCAUUCAUUUUA